UUUUUCUUACCAAGGUCCCCCGGUGGAGGGGAAAAAAAAAAUUUAGCAAAAUCCAAUGAAACACUGCUUGGUUAUAUUCUAAUGGCAACGCCUGGCAAAUGCGUUCUAGUUUCAGGCUCCCCAGGUGUGGGAAAAACAACCCUGAUUAUUAGAGUUUUAGAAAAUCUCAGAGCUUCAAAUCCCAACUUGAAAGUCCAAGGAUUUUACACUCGUGAGAUCAGGCAAGGAAAUGAGAGGGUUGGUUUUGAGGUGAUAACUGUAAAUGAUCAAAGAUGUACUCUUGCUUCUAUUAACAGUCCCAGCCCUGAAUCAUCACGAUGGCCUACUGUUGGAAGAUACCGGGUGGAUGUCGCUUCUUUUGAAUCUGUAGCUUUGCCUGAAUUACAGAUUAAAGAAGAUACAGACUUGUUUGUUAUUGAUGAAGUUGGCAAGAUGGAGUUGUACAGUUCAUCAUUCCUCCCUGCAGUCUUGAGACUCUUGAACUCUAAUAUCCCUCUAUUGGCUACUAUUCCAAUUGCAAGAUAUGGUCGAGAUAUACCGGGAGUUGCAACGCUGAGGAAUCAUCCUGGGGCAACUAUUUACACACUCAACCCAAGUAACAGAGAUGAAUAUAGGGAAAGGGUUCACUCUCACAUGAUUGAUCUUCUCACCAAAAAAUAAGAGCAGAUGGAAUAUUGGGAUCGCGUAAUUCCAGAUCUGGUUAGUUACCUGUUUAAGGUUCCAGUGUCCAAUUACUUAGUGAACUUAUUUUCUUAUUUGCAGUUGUUUUAGCUUAGAUGUUUUCUAGUGAUCAGAUUGGUAAACAUUCGCCUUCUACAGUCAAAGUAUUGUAAUUUGUAAAUAAUAUAAGACGAAAGGUGUCACUAUUUGCACUAAA